AUGUACCUUACGGGCCACGGCACAGGCGUUUACAACCUCAUGCUCCCCAAGGUUCAGGCAUGCGUAAGACGACGGAUCAACGAGAUGGUGAGAGGUGGCAUCAUCCAGCAAGCUCUCAACCAAGGCGUCACCGAGUACACCUGGCGUGAGGAUGCCGACAACUUCCUCCACCGACCAGGCUGGAUCUCAAACUGGAAUGUGGUCUUUGGACAACACCUGGGAAGAGCCCGGCAGCACACCGAAAACCCUCGUGCUGUAGCUCUGCGCGGCGUAGAAGCAAGACGAGUGGCGGCAGCAGCACUCUUUCCUCGAGCCGUUCACGUCGAAGCGAAUACCGUCAUCCACGGCAACGUCACCAACGGUAGAGGAACAGUCAGGGGGGCCAAUGUUUCCAACAUUGUCAACUCGGCCGCAGGCCCUGACGCAUGCCGUGGCGCUGAAGGCGUUGUGCAAGCUCCGUUGGUUCUGGAAGACGACUACGACGCUGAUCAAUACCACGACGAUAGUGAAGACGAUUGCGACGACAUUGAGAUGACUGACGCCCCGGCCCCAGCCCCCGAGACUCCCCAAACCAAUAACACGACCAACCAAGGGGGCAACGACAACGCUUCAAACGAUGCCAUUCGGGGAGGGAUAGCCAUCGCCAACGCCAACAGCAAGACUGGCCCUGCUGCGGCCAACGCAAACAACAACUACAACAUCAACCACCAUCACUGGUGCCCUCACGGCUGGCAACAAAUGGCCCCAAUUGCACAGGGCGCGGCAACAAAUGGAAUGCCACCUCCCCCUCCCCCUCAUGUUCCCCAAUUCCCGCCAGAGCAACCACUGGUUCAGCCUGUCACGCCUGGCAUCAAUACACCCGUCAGUGUCUCCAACAUCCCGAGCAUGCUCUCGUCAUCCCCCACGACCAUUAUCUCUUUGGAGACGGCAUCUUCUAUUACACCGUCAGAGUCGGCUUCAUCCGUCAGCCAUACUCGACGCAUUGGUCGUGGAAGUCCCGAGGCCGAAAUCACGACACUGAUGCUAGAGGAAUUGCGAGCCUGUUCGACAGACCAGUUGUGCGACGCCAUCGACACGCUGUCCGGCAAGAUAAUUGGGAAUAUUACCUAG